GGGGCGGGAGGAAGUGCGCGAGUUCUCAGCUCCGGCUGCGAGGCGGCUGGCGGGUGGGCCGGCCAGGUGAGCCCGAGAUGCCGCUGCACUGGAAGCCGGGGCUGCAGCUGCUGCUGCUCCUGGGGCCGCUCGGUCCCUUCUCCCCGGGCGCCCGGGCGGGACCCGCGCAGACCGAGGACGCCGUGGAGCUGCGCUUCUCCACCGAGCGGCCGGUGCACCUGGUGAGUCCCGCGUUCCUGUCCUUCACCAUCGACGCCAACCUGGCCACCGACCCGCGGUUCCUCACCUUCCUGGGUUCUCCAAAGCUUCGCACUUUGGCUAGAGGUUUGUCUCCGGCAUACCUGCGUUUUGGUGGCACCAAGACGGACUUUCUCAUUUUCGAUCCCCAAAAAGAACCGACCUUUGAAGAGAGGAGUUACUGGCAGUCUCAAGUCAACCAGGAUAUGUGCAAAUCUGGAUCCAUCCCUUCUGAUGUAGAGAAGAGGUUACAGUUGGAAUGGCCCUUCCAGGAACAAUUGCUGCUCAGAGAACAGUAUCAGAAAAAGUUCAAGAACAGCACUUACUCAAGUAAGAGAUGAAAGGCACCUGCUGGUGUCCCAGCCCCCAAAAUACAUGGAUAGCUUGAACUUGGGCUUGAACCAUGUAAGCCCUAUAGCAGUUGUGUUAAGAGUUAAUGGAACCUAAAACUUCUGUUUUGUUUUUUUUUUUCUCAUUUCUUCACCUGACUUUGCCUACUAGCCAUGAAGUGAAAUCUAGAAAUCAUUCACGAGCUAAUAAUGACCUUUACUGCUCUGAAGAACUAGGAAGUCAAGGAAGACACAGAUACAGUCCUUGUGUAAAAGUGAAGUUUAAAAGUAUGAAGAGUAAAUAAUGGGGGCGCUUGACUAGUUCAGUCAGUAGAGCCUACGACUCUUUUUUUUUUUUUUGAGCCUACGACU